UGUGGCUCUGCCUCCCUCUCUCUGCCUCUGUCUGUAGCUGCGGACGCGCUUUCACUCUUUCCACUUUCUCCUCCUGUCUGCUCCGGGAGCGCUGCUGCCACUGACCCUGGAUCCAUUGCAAUUCGUCAUUUGAAACAGGAUGAAAGCCAAUUUUUACUUCGUUUUGCCCGCAUGUUCUUUCCUUCUGUUUCUUCUCCCAGGAGGCUCCUGUUCAGAAGCAGAGCACAAGCUGUUCUCUGUGAUAUUCACUAACUAUAACCAGUACAUACGACCGGUGGAAAAUGUGACCGACCCAGUUAUUGUGCAGUUCGAGGUGUCCAUGUCACAGCUGGUCAAAGUGGAUGAAGUCAAUCAGAUCAUGGAGACAAAUCUGUGGCUAAGACAUAUCUGGAAUGACUACAAACUCAGAUGGAAUCCAAAAGAUUUUGGAGGAGUCGAGUUUAUCCGAGUGCCGUCCAACAGGAUAUGGAAGCCAGACAUUGUACUGUACAACAAUGCAGUCGGAGAUUUCCAGGUUGAUGACAAAACAAAGGCCUUGCUUCGUUACAAUGGGGAUGUUACCUGGAUCCCCCCAGCCAUAUUCAAGAGCUCCUGCAAGAUUGACGUCACUUACUUCCCUUUCGACUACCAAAACUGCACCAUGAAGUUCGGCUCCUGGACAUACGACAAGGCCAAGAUAGAUCUGGUGCUAAUUGGCUCAACCAUCAACCUCAAGGACUUCUGGGAGACUGGGGAGUGGAUAAUCAUCGACGCCCCUGGUUACAAACAUGACAUUAAGUACAACUGCUGCGAGGAAAUCUACACAGAUAUCACUUACUCUUUGUACAUCCGCCGUCUGCCACUGUUCUACACCGUCAACAUGAUCAUCCCCUGCCUCCUCAUCUCCUUCCUCACCGUGCUCGUUUUCUACCUGCCGUCUGAUUGUGGAGAGAAAAUCACUCUGUGUAUCUCCGUCCUCCUGUCUUUAACUGUCUUCCUCCUCGUCAUAACAGAGACUAUCCCCUCUACCUCGCUAGUCAUCCCCCUGAUUGGCGAGUACCUCCUCUUCACCAUGAUCUUUGUCACCCUCUCUAUUGUCAUCACUGUUUUUGUGUUGAAUGUCCACUACCGCACACCAAAGACCCACACUAUGCCCUGCUGGGUACGCAAAGUGUUCCUGGGAUUAUUGCCCAGGGUGAUGUUCAUGACUAGGCCAGAGAGGGACCCUGAGCAAGUAACAACGCCUGGCAAUGUUCAGAGCAUGCAUUCAAGGCCCUGUGCUGUUCAUUCAUCAGGUACUUUGCAGAAACAGCACAAACCUCAGGCCCUGGCCUCCAGCGUGGUGUCCAGCCUAACAAACCGCCAGCGGCUUUUCAACAACACAGAGCUCACCAAUCUCAAUAAUUUAAGUGGAAACCCAGCCAAAGGUGUAAACUCUGCGUUCUUGUGCUGCGAGGGCCGGUGUAACUGCUGCUGGCAUCAAAGAUCCAGCAAACUGCCUGCAGACUCUGGGGGAGGGAGCGGAGGACUGGGCAGCCUGGGGGCGCUGACUGGAGGCAGUGCUGUUGGGGUCGGAGGGGGGAGUCAGUGCUCCAGCUCUGAGUCUCUGGAUGGAGGAAUAAUGCCCCUGUUGCCGCUCUCCCCUGAGGUCAGGGAGGCUAUUGAGAGUGUCAGAUACAUAGCAGAGAACAUGAGACUACAAAAUGAAGCAAAGGAGGUUCAGGAUGACUGGAAGUACGUUGCCAUGGUUAUCGACAGGAUCUUCCUGUGGGUUUUUGUCCUUGUGUGCAUCCUGGGAACAGCUGGUCUCUUCCUCCAGCCCCUAUUGCUUGGGGAGGACAUUUGAAUCAGUUUGACAAAACUAAUACUCCAGACUGUUGAACUGCAAAGUAUUCCUUAGAUUCCUGCCUCGGCUCAGACAGAGAAAAUACAGAGGCGGUCCAAAGUUAAGAAGGGCAGAUCACUGUGUCUGCCAAAUGUUGAUGCAAAUGGUUUUGUUGACCGUUUUUUUCACAGAUAGAGUCGAUGAUUUCUGUUUGAAGAAGUGUCUUAAGGACUUUCCAAUGCUGAGGACAUGGCUUACAAACAAUGGUAAAGACCAAAUUGUACAAAAUUGUUCUGCAGUAAAUGGCAAUGCAGUCUAUAAUGCCAAGGCAACACCCAGAAUCAAAGACCUGUAAUUUUUAUUUUGAUGAGUAAAUGAUACAUUUGAUCACUGAUCAAAUGUAUUUAAUCUAAAGCUCCUAAUUUCACAUGAAGAAAAUAUGUACAUACAGUCACAAAUGCAACCGUACAAGACCAACCGUGUUUGAAUUACCAUUAUUUUCCAUGAAAAGUAAAUUUCAAAUAUUUUCUUCUUUUAAAUUAUAUGUCAUUAUUAAGUGCCAUGCCAAAAAUAUAUCUGUGUUUAUGGUGAUCAGAACAACAGAACAGAACAAACUGUGUAACAUUUUCCACAUUUAACGUGGAUUUCCAUGAUUGUGGCGACCAAGCAAGGUUGUCGACUGUGUUCAAAGAGUGACAUCAUGUGGGAAUUCCUUGCUACUACAAAUGAUAGCACGACUUUCUGACAGUUAAAGGAAUAUGUCACCCAUUUUGCCAUACUGUCUGUAUCAUAUUCCCAGUUGUAAAAUGUUAUGGAAAGUUAUACUGAUUUAAAUUAUCUUAUGCAUAAAGAGAGCUGCUGUUUGAUCUGCAUAGCAUGACCUUCUGGACUGGGUGACUUGAGAAAAUGUCAUCUAGAAUGUUUUGUGUUCAUGCAAAUUGAAUAUUUACAAUGUCCUUAAAGUAUUUGGUUUGCAUCUGUA